AAAAUCAAAAAAUAAUGUCUGCCUUUGAAUUGGCACAAGUUUUUUCAAAUGUUACCAAUCGAUUGAUACAGGAGUUUGACAGUAAUCCCCAAUUGUAUGAACCCGUGGACAUGGAUUGUAUAACCAGUGAGGGCUGGCUUAUCAAGUAUUGUAUAUUUUUGGAAAAAAUGUCCGAAACGGAUGCCUAUAAUCUGAUUAGCCGUACAUUGAAAUGGCGUAAACUAAAGGGAUUUGCGGGUAAAGUGGACACGGAUUUCCCGCGGGAGUUGUAUCAGAUGGGCAGUGUAUUCCAGUAUAAUCAAGAUAAGGACGGUAAUCUGGUUAUGAUUGUCCGAUUGGACCGGCAAUUGGGCCGAUUAGUACCGGGUGCCAGCAGUCGGCGACUGGCCAAACAAUUUCUGGCCCAUCAAUUGGAUAAAUUAGACAAAUCGGCCAAUGGUAACAAUCGGUUUGUCGUAUUGGUUGACUAUACGGGAACGGGUAGUCUAGCCCUAACUGAGCUACAACUAGUACUAUAUCUGAUACGAUUGGUUCGCCAGUUUCCCGCUUGUCGUUAUCUGAUACACUAUAAUCAGGGACCAGUGGCCAGACAUAUGGUACAGUCAACCUAUCGCAAGUCGAUGGAUAAGUUUGCCGAAAAAAAACAAAUUUUCGACCACUUUCACGACCGAUAUUUACCACAGUAUUUGGGCGGCACCUGUACCCAGUCGAUGGUCGAUACCCCAGCCCAGUCACCUGGACUGGUAGAUUGUUGCGACAAGUUGGGUAUUAAUAGAAAAUUGGUAAUCAAACACCGGGAUCAAUUGGCCAAAUUGACGAUAGCAUCACAAUUAAUUAAUUAAUUAAUUAAUUAAUUAUAAUAAUAAUU